AUGUCUUGGUAUCAAAGCUUUUCAGAUAGCUUUAAUCAAACACAUAAUAAUAUUACGAAAUAGUAUAAGUUUGGUUAGUUGGCUGAGAUAGAGAAAUAAGCAAAGUUAGGAGGAAAAAAGUAUCCGCGAUAAGUUACUUUGAGAGAAAAUCAUAUGAUUUAACAUAAUCAAAAGUAAAUUCCAUAUCCAACUUGUUUUUCUGUAAUAACAAAUGUAUAUGCAUUUAAAUAAUAAAGGAAUAAUUUUAAUAAUUACCAAAUGAGGAAAAAAUAUUAUUUCCUUGGAUAGAAUAACAAAAUAAAACUAUUCGAAUUCUUUAUGACCGUUCAUUAGGAGGAGAACAAAGAAGAUUAUUAAGAGAAUUUUAGAAACCAACAGCUAUUUAUUUUGAAACAUAAAAUCAAGCUUAUAGAUUGAUUGAAUACUUGAAAUUUAGAAAUUAAAAUCUUAAGGAAAAAUGUAAAAAGUCAAUGGAUAAAAUGUUUAAAUAUUAUGAAAAUCAAAGAUUUUUAUAUUUAGUAUAAGUAUCAAAUAAAAGAAUAGAGAAAAAAGCUGUUUAGAUAAGAGAGGCAUUAGAAAAGGAGAGAAUAAAAUGUAUAUAAAAUAGUAAUGAAUUACAAAAUUAUGAUAUUCAAAAGUAUAAAGAAUUGUUUAGAUAUCUAUAAUAAAAAGCAUUAGAAAAAUAGUAAAUUGAAUUGGCAACAAUAAAAGAAAAUAAAUUAUAAAUUUUAAGAAAAAGUUAAGGAUUCAUGUAAAAUUUAGAGAGAGAUAAUAUGAAAAUAAUAUUGAUUAAAUGGUAAAAGAUAGCAGAGAAGAUAAUGUAAGAAAAUAUAGAGAGAGAGAGAUAGGAAUAACAAUAAUUAUUUUUAGAGGAAUAAAGAUAAUAAUAAUUAUUAUAAGAGAAGUAGAUGAAGGAGGAUUUAGAAAAAAUAUAAUUAUAGGAAUUAAUAAAAUUAUAAAAUAGAGAAUUACAUUUUUCAAAUUUUAAAUUGAUCAUAGGUGAUAAUAUAAGAUUAUUAAAUCCGAUAUUAUAUAUUUAAUUUAAAGCUUUGGAAUCAUAAGAAGAAGGAAAGAUAGAAUUUGUAAAAGGAUAAGAAUUAUCAUUUAUGGAAUUAGAUAGUAGAGGUUGGAAGGCAGAUGUUGAGAUUACAUUGUCUCAUUUUAAAACAUAAGAUAUUUUAGAAUUUAUAAUAUUUGAUGAUUAUUAGGAUUUUAAUGAGAGAAUAUUAACGAAGGCAUAAGAAGAAGCAACAGAAGUUUUGGCAUUUAUAGCAACAGCAAAGAAAGUUAUAUAAGGUAGAAUAUCAAUAUUGGAAUUUGAAAAGAAUUUAAAUAGUAAUAGAAGACAUUUUGCAAGAUUGGAUUUAUCAGCUGAUUUAUAAUAGAAUUUAUAAUAAGAUUAAUAAUUUAAUCAACCAAUGAUUUAAAUAGAUUUACAUGAGGAUGUUAGAUUUAAAAUAACAAAUUCAACUAUUAAUCCUUUUUAUUUGGAUAUUGUAGAAUUACCAAUAACAGCUUAUGAAUUGAAAUAUUAUAUAAGAUAAUUGAAAGAUCCUAGAAAAAGUAUAUAGUAAUAAUGGGAAGAGUUUAAGAUUAAAUCUUUAGAAGAUGCUUUAUAAUCAAGAGGUUAGAUUUGGGCAAAUAAUAAAUAAUCAGAAGAUGAUUUGAUAGAGAUUUAGGAAUAUUUAUCAGAAGAAGGAUAUGAUAAUAAAGAUGGGAGAUUUAAAUAAUUAUAUUAUUAUCUAUAUCAUAAUAGGAUCUAGAAUACUGAAGGUUUUAUUAAAGUUAAAUUAAUUGUUGCUUGUUAAAAAGGAUUUACUAAAUUUUCAAGAGUAGAAUUAAUACCAAUUCUAUUGUAAUUUAAUGAGAAAAUCAAGAAUUUUGCAGAUGAUCAUGGAUUGUAAUGGCAUGAAAAUCUUAAUAUUUUAGAUAUUGUAUCUGAUGAAAUUAAUAAGUAUAUGGAUGAUGAGACAUAAAAAAAUAAUUAUGAAAAAGUAGAAUAAUAUAUUAGUAGUAUCAGAUUUAAAUACAAUAAUGUUUGGACAAAUAUUUUUAAGGAAAGAUUGUAAGGAUGGAAAGAUAAAAUAUAUAGAAUAGUAAAUGGAUGUGGUGCUAUUGAUAAUACUUAAGAUAAAUUAUUAUUGAUUGUUAGAUUAUUUUAAUUGUUUGAAGGAUAAGAGAAUUGUGAUGAAUUUAUUUAUAAAAUUAUUAGAUGUUUGAGAUAUCAAUUAUUAGUUCCAAAAAUUAAUAAUUCUAAAAUUACUAUGAUGUGGUUUAAAGAUCAUCUUAGUAAUUUAUUUAGUGGUUACUUUUAUUUUGAUGUUUGGUUAAGAGUUUUUGAUUAUAUUAUUGGAAUUGGAUUUAUUGAAGGUAGUUUUGAUAGAGUCAUUGCAAGUGUUGUAGGAGGAAUCUUAGAUUAAGUUAAUUAUUAAUCAUUUACCACCUAAGAAGAAUUUAUUAUUGGUUUAAAUAUUUAUGGUAGAUUGCUUUGUAAUCCAGAAAAAUUAAUUAUUGCCAGCUAUAAUUGUUAUUUAUUAAAUGAAUUUGAAACUCUUGAAAAAUAUGAUGAUCUUAUUAAAUAAAUGAUUUAAAAUGUUAAUCCUCUAGAUACCAUCUAUUCUGAUUAAUUGAAACUCUUAAAUACUUAAAAUCAAAGUUUAAUCAUAGAUAUUCCAGAAGAACAUGAAGGAUCGGUUUAUGAUAUUUAAGAAUCACAAAUCUUUUUAACUAAGAUUGGCUCUAAAUUUGUUUUUAAAUAAUAAAUAAAAACUGUCUAUAUAUUGAUUCACUCAUUAUACUUACAUUAAACUCAAUAUAUUGAAAGCAAUUAUGUUAUAAUUUAGGGUUAAUAGAAGAAUGAAUCUGAGGAGUUGUAUUUUGAAUUACCUUAUUCAUCUAAUAUCUUGGAUCUUUCAGUAAAUGAUACUUUUAGAGCAAGAAUUGAUUUAAGAUACUUAUAAGUAAAUACUAUUUAUAAGAAUGUUCUUAUUUUAUAAGAUGAUUAUAAUUUAGAAAGAAAUUAUUAAAUAUCUGAAAUUGAAUAUUCCAUAUUAUUAUCAGGAGAAGGGUGUAAUUCUGAAAAUCCAAUAUCUAAAGAUUCAGGAAUCUCAUUCUUUUUGGAUUAAUGCAGUUUAUUUAAUGUUAAACAUAGUGCAUUUUCACAUCCUGAUGAUUUUAAAUAAGGUAAUAACCUCAAUUAUGUUGAAUUCAAAUAAUUAGUAACAUAAUAUUUCUAAUUGGAUCCAGCCUAAAUAAAUUUCUAAGAUUUAUAUUUAUAAUUCUAACGUGAAGGAAACAAUUCAAUAUAUUUAGUAGAUUUAUUGUUUAAGUUGACUCAUAGUAAAUAGAAGAAAGAAGAAAUUUUGAAAUUGUUUAUUCCUAAUGAAUUAAUUAAUCAUCAACAAUAUAGAAGAUAAUAGAUGUAAUAUGGAGAUGUAAGAUUUAUUAAAGUACAACUAUCAGAUGAUAAUUAUGAAUAGACUGCAGAUUUAACUGAUUAUUUCAAUACAAUUUUAUAUAAUCAUUAUUAGAAGUAUAAUUCAUAUGAUUUAUUAUUGAUUGAUGAGAAUAACCGUUUUUAUUUAUUAGACAAUGUAGGUCAAAUAAGUAAUCAAUUUAAAUUAUGUAAUGAUAUAUUUAUUAAUAUUAGAAAUGUUGAUUUUAAGAAUGAAGUACAAUUCUUAUGGAAAUGUAAGAAAGAUAGAGUUUAAAAUGAGUAAACAAUUUCAAUUGGCUAGUGAAUUAUAAACCUAAUCCAGUUCAAUAAAAGAAUUAUUAGAAAAUAAUUAAAGAUUGUUAAGUUUGGAUUGUAAAUUUGAGAUUAAUCAGAAUUCAAUAAUUGAUUUUAAUUAACAUUUAGUAUACAUAAAUUGUAGAGAUGGAGCAAAAUAAUUGGAGAAAUGUACGAUAGUUGGAAAGAUAAACAAUAAAUAGAAUGAAACUAAAUAUUAUGUUGUUUAAUUGGAGAAUAAUAAGAAAGUAAUAGUAUAUAAGUAGGAUGUGUUAUUAUUUGAUACAAUACAAGAAGAUGAAUUAGAAAUAUUUGAUAAGCCUUGGAAAUAAAUAUGA